AUGCCACUUCAGAGUGACCAUGGCGCGGCCGCCAGUAAUGGCUCUGCUAUGCCUAACGAGAACACCGGCCUCCUGAGCGGUUCCAACUCCGGUGCUCCUGCUGGUGUGAUGAAUAAACUGAUGUGGUACCGGUCCGACAGGCGCGUCUGGGUUCGCCUUCCAUCAGAGGCCUUCUAUCUAAGUUAUGCUACUCUUGUUAGCAACUAUGUCAACAUCCUGCUGGUUUUUGUGCCACUAGGCAUUAUUUCGGGAAUGCUUGGAUGGAACCCUACAACUACCUUCAUCCUCAACUUUUUGGCUAUUAUGCCUUUAGCCUCGAUUUUGAGCUUUGCAACCGAAGAGCUCUCUGCUACUCUUGGUGAAACUUUGGGUGGCUUACUGAAUGCAACAUUUGGCAACGCUGUAGAACUCAUUGUCAGCAUCAUUGCCCUUCAGAAAAACGAAAUUCGGAUUGUCCAAGCAAGUAUGCUCGGUAGCAUUCUGUCCAAUAUCCUGCUAGUCCUGGGUUGUUGUUUCUUCAUUGGUGGCCUCAAACACCAUGAACAGACAUUCAACUGUACUGUCGCUUCAACAAUGUCUUCCCUCAUGGCAGUUGCAUCCGCAUCUUUAAUUAUCCCUGCAACGCUCUAUGCCGCCUUAUCAGGUUCAAAGUCAGACAAGUUAGGCAACAUUUUGAUUCUAUCGCAUGGCACCGCGAUUAUCUUGCUUAUCGUCUACGUUAUGUAUCUGUAUUUCCAGCUGAAAUCGCACUCCGAUCUUUUUGAGAGUCACUCUGGCGCUACUUUAGAAGCUCAGAAUAAUCAAGAUGAGAGUGAGGAGGAAGAACAGAUUCUCAACCCCUGGGCUGCUAGUAUUGCCUUACUGGUGGUCACAAUUGCUGUCGCUAUUUGUGCAGAAUACCUGGUUGGCACCAUUGACAGUAUCGUGGAAUCUGCGCAUAUUAGCAGGACUUUUAUCGGUCUGAUUCUCAUCCCAAUUGUGGGGAACGCUGCAGAGCAUGUCACCGCUAUAGUGGUAGCUUACAAGAACAAGAUGGACCUCGCCAUUGGAGUUGCGAUAGGAAGCAGUCUUCAAAUUGCACUUUUCGUUACUCCUUUCUUGGUUAUCCUCGGAUGGAUAUUAGAUCGUGAUAUGACGCUUCAUUUUCAGAUAUUCGAAACGGUUGCUUUCUUUGUGUCAGGACUGGUCGUCACGCUUCUUAUUCAGGAUGGAAAAUCCAAUUACCUUGAAGGAGGAUUGUGUCUUGGAAUGUAUGUAAUAAUUGCGUUGGCCUUUUUUGUGUAUCCCGAUGAUGCCUCCGGCCUCCCAUCUCCUGUAAACUCUCUCAUCUCGUCUUAG